AUGGGCUGCCGAGGGGACCCAGGCAGACGGACGCUCUCUGUACUCUUCCUUUCGGACUCUGAGCUCGGCACGCUGGGAUUUGAAUGUACCCUUGAAGAGGUCGAUCUUGAAGAUAUCACUAAGAAUCAAAUCAACACGAUAAAAGCUUGCACAUCUGAAGAUCCAGGGACUGGAAACUGUCCAGCACUAGAAAGAUCUACUUUUGAUACGAGUAAAUGCCUGCAGGGCAUCUAUGAGGAUCUGCAUGCCUACAGGGCAGAGCUGAAGAACUUCAAUGAUCAAAACGUGCUGGCAACUAUCGAUGAAAUGAUGAAACCGUCGGCAGGCGCGGGGCUGACCUCCUUCAAGGAGAGGAUGAGGCUCUGCAGCAUCCUUCACGCCUUCCGAAUCCGCACGGUCACCAUCAACAGGAUGAUGAACUACCUGGCGGCUCCGGAGAGCUCGCUGUAA